AUGAGGAUUCAGGACAAACACUCUAAAGUAUCUGUACAGAAUACCUCAAUUCAUGCAUGCGCUGAAUCUGGAGAUAUUAUUGCCUUUCAGAGGUUACUUCAGAACGACCCUUCUCGUCUUCAUGGAAGAAGCCUUAUGUUGGUACAGACACCACUACAUGUUUCCGUUGCUAACAAUAAAGUUGAGAUAGUUAAGUAUUUGCUCGACUGGAGUGGACCUGGCGAGGUCGAGUUGGAAGCUAAAAAUGUUUAUGGUGAGACUCCAUUACAUUUGACAGCUAAGAACGGAUGCGAUGAGGUAGCGAGGAUGCUUCUUUCUCACCAUGCCAACAUCCAAGCUAAAACCAAUAACUGUUUGACUCCAUUGCAUCUUUCUGUUGGCUAUGCCCUACGAUCUGGAGACUACUCGAUAGUGAAGACAUUGUUAGAUCACAAUGCUAAUUGCUAUGCAGAAGACAAUGAGGGCAUGAUUCCUUUAAAUUAUGUCCCAGAUACUCUAGAAAAUCAAGAACUGCGCAGACUCCUCUGCCAAAAUGUUGAAGAGCAGAAAUACCGAGAUUACAAUGAAGAUAUACGCGGUGGAGUGCAAGGAAUAUUAGACGAGCUUGACCGUGAAUUGUCAAAGAUAGUGGGACUACGUGAGCUUAAAGUGCAACUUCGGAAGUGGGCAAAAGGGAUGAUUUUGGACGAGAAGCGUCGGUCCAUGGGGAUAGAUCUUGGCCCCCGGAAAGCACCUCACAUGGCGUUCCUUGGAAAUCCCGGGACAGGAAAGACAACUGUAGCACGCAUUCUUGGUAGUCUACUCCAUUCUUUGGGUGUUCUUUCUUCCGAUAGUGUAAUCGAAGUUCAAAGAACGGACUUGGUAGGGGAAUAUCUUGGUCAAACUGGACCAAAAACUAGAGGAAAGAUUGAAGAGGCCAAGGGGGGUAUUCUAUUUGUGGACGAAGCAUACCGCUUAGCAAUCGAACAGAAAACAGGUCACCAAGAUUAUGGGGUGGAAGCGUUAGAGGAGAUCAUGUCUGUGUUGGAAGAUGGAGAUAUUGUAGUAAUUUUUGCUGGUUACACUGAACCGAUGAAGCGUGUAAUGUCUUCGAACGAAGGAUUCUGCAGAAGGGUAACACAUUUUUUCCAUUUCGAUGAUUUUAGUCCCCAGGACCUUGCCGAGAUUGUGCGUGUAAAGAUGACUAAACAAACCGAGGGGAGCCGAUACUAUGGAUUUAGGUUGCAUCCUCUCUGUACUUUAGAAGCUAUAACUGCACUCAUAGAGAAGGAAAGCACUGAGAAGUUACGUAACAAAAUGAAUGGGGGAUUAGCCGAUCAUAUGCUAACAAACGCAAAAGAAAAUUUGGAUACGCGACUUAGUUUUGACUCCAAAGGUGAUGAGUUACUCACGAUCACAUUCAACGAUUUAGAGGUUGGACUUCAACAAUUAUCGUCACGUGUGACUAUCGACUAA